AUGGUGGGAAGAAUGAGAGAGAGCUCAGCUUCACCAAAUGGUUCAUUUACUAGUGCCAUGACACUUAUUGAAGAGGGACUAACCUAUGUUCCCAAGCGUUACAUUCUUCCACCAUCCCUACGUCCCGAUGGUACAUUGUGUAACACAUGCUUGCCAAUUGUGGAUCUAUCCAAUCGGAAACACCCUCUUCUUCGGCCUCAGAUAAUCCACGAAGUACACCUGGCUUGCAAGAAAUUUGGUUUCUUCCAGGUAGUUAACCAUGGAAUCCCAUUGUCAGUCAUGGACGACACCAUAGAUGCUGCGAGUGAAUUCUUUGAUUUACCAACUCAAGAUAAAAGGCAUCUUUUGUCUUCAAAUGUUCGUGACCCUGUAAGAUAUGGUACUAGUCUAAAUCAUGUCAAAGACAAAGUACACUUUUGGAAAGACUUCCUCAAGCACUACGCUAAUCCAACCUCAACUUGGAUUGACUUGUGGCCAUCAAAUCCCACAUGUUACAAGAAGAAAAUGGGAAACUACACCAUGGCAGCACAAAAGUUGCAAGAAGAACUCAUGGAAGUGAUAUUUGAGAGCUUAGGACUAAACAGUAAUUACUUACAUGAAGACAUUGCACAAGGCUCCCAGGUCAUGGCAGUUAAUUGCUAUCCAGCAUGUCCUGAGCCAGAUCUUACACUAGGAUUGCCACCACACACAGAUUAUGGUAUGAUAUCCAUCAUUCUACAAAAUCACCAGGGCUUGCAAAUCAUGGGCCGAGAUGAAAAGUGGCAUUCAGUUCCACUCAUUGAAGGAGCUCUCGUUGUUCUGCUGGGAGAUCACUUGGAAGUAUUGACCAAUGGGAUAUACAAAAGUGUUGUCCACCGAGCAACAGUUAACUCAGAGAAAAAGCGCAUUUCAAUUGUCAGCCUUCAUAGUCUAGCUUUUGGUAAAAAAGUUAGACCUGCAUCAGUGCUAGUUAACGAACAAAAUAUCUUGUCCUACAAAGAAGGAAGCUUCAGUGAUUUCCUUGACUUCAUUUCUGGAGAAGAUAUUGUGGAAGCAAAGUACAUAGACAAAUUAAAAAUAAACCCAUGAUGAUUAUAGUCCAUGGACAACAGAACAGGCAGUACUGAACUUCUCAUUUUCACACUCUUCAAACUCCAUUUCGCACGCUCCGUGUUUACAGUAGCCAGCUUUUCUAUGUACUUUGUUCGAAUAUUACUGGUGACAUUUUUUUAUUUUUUAUUUUAUUUUUUUUUGUUGAGAAAAAAAUAAGAGCUCUUCUUUCUUCAUACUAGGAGGCCUAGCACUGUAAAAAAUAAAUUUUGAACAAACUUUACCAGCCAUUUCAACUUAACCAAGGUUUCCCUCAAGGCCACUUGUCAUCUAGAUCAAUAAUUUUUUGCACCACCAACAAAAUCAAAAUGCAUCAUCAGGAUCUUCAAUGGAUCCAAUGAUUUAUCUCACUUAGCUAUCGCAACUUGGCAGAUAGAAGCCAGCAACUGGAAAUUUAAUGAUUUCCAAACUGGAAAAAAGUUCUAACAUUCACCACAUCAAGUCCAGUUUAAGCCAAAUGUCGGUCAUACCACAAGUUUAGAACUCGAGCCACAUUCAUCACUGGUAGACGCACCUUUGGGAGCAUGUGCUCUUACACAAGGUAAAUUUUUUAUGGUAAAUAGUCACAAGAAUUAGUUAUGACCUUAAACUAAUUAGACCAGCAAAGAACAUUAUAUUGAUUUACAACCACAACCAUAUACAUCAAAAAUCACCUUCCAACAAUACAUUUGCAAAUAUAGCACAGAACUAGACAGCCAAAAAACUGCUCUGAGAUUAAUAUUAUCAUUUUUUAAUUAUUUCUGGUUUUUUCUAUUGAUAAGUUUUCAUUGUAAGCUAACAGGGAAGUAUGCCUUCAGACUCAAUUUCCAUGACUGAGGUAAUGCUCACAUAUGAUCUUGCUUAUGUUCAGACAUCCAGGAUGUUUUCCCUCAACACUAUCCACUCAUUUCAAAGCUCGUUCAAACUAACUUGAAAUUGUUGCAAAUCAAGGAAUACAUAUGAAUUUAACUUAAUUGG